AUGUCUUUCUUCACGGUGGCGAGUGUGAUCUUAGGAGCUGCGUUGAUCUACAUGAUCACGGCUGUAUUAUCUCGCAAAAAGACUCCAGGACCAUUACCACCGGGACCCGUAGGGAAGCCAAUUGUGGGUAACAUCUCAGACCUGCCACCACCAGGCGUGCAGGAUUGGGCACACUGGCUGAAGCACAAAGAGCUCUAUGGGCCUAUCAGCUCUGUCACUGUGUUAGGACAAACAAUUGUCAUCAUCAAUGAUAAUGAAAUCGCAAUGGAACUAUUAAGCAAACGCUCCGCGAUACAUUCGUCACGUCCGAAUCUGGUUUUUGCAUCCCAAAUGGUGGGUUGGGAGCAUAUUUUGGCGAUGCAAAGCUACUCUGACCGAUUCCGCGCUUACCGUAAAGCGAUGCAACCAUAUCUCGGCUCAGAAACAGCAGUCGCGCAGUACAACUCAUUGCAAGAGAUUGAAGUCCAUCGCUUCUUGCUCCGUGUCCUUCGAGAUCCUUCAAAGCUUGCGCAGCAUGUCCAGACGGAAGCCGGGGCGGUAAUCCUAAAGAUUGCAUAUGGCUAUAACAUCGAGCCGCAUAAACGCGACCCACUGGUCCGCAUGGCGAAUCUCGCCCUCGAGCACUUUUCCAUAGCUGGAACUCCGGGCGCAUGGCUAGUCGAUAUGAUCCCAAUAUUGAAAUAUGUCCCUGCUUGGCUCCCAGGCGCUGGCUUUAAGCGGACUGCGCAGCAGUGGAAGAAAAACCUCCAGGACGUUGUUAACAAACCAUAUGCGUUUGUUCGACAACGUAUGGAUAGUGGCCAGUUCCAGCCAUCUUACCUUGCAAACUUAUUUCAGGCAUCAGGGUAUCCACAGGCUGGAUCCGAGGAAGAGCUCGUAGCCAAAUGGACAGCCGGGUCUCUUUACACUGGUGGUGCCGAUACUACCGUUUCUUCAAUUGAAACGUUUUUCCUGGCAAUGACCUUAUUCCCCGAAGUGCAACGAAAGGCUCAAGAGGAGAUUGAUCGAGUGUUGGGACCUGGUCGACUGCCCACAGUCACCGAUCGGAGUCGUCUUCCGUACAUCGAUGCUAUCGUGAAAGAAGUCCUUCGUUGGCAUCCCGUGGCACCAAUGGGAAUCCCACAUAUGUCUGUCGAGGAUGAUAGGUGGGAAGGCUUCUAUAUUCCGAAGGGGUCAUUGAUUAUGCCCAACAUCUGGGCCUUGACCCAUGAUCCUGAGGUGUACCACGACCCAAUGACAUUCAAACCAGAGCGAUUCCUAGGCAUCAAUGGGCUAGAACCCGAGAUGGAUCCUCACGCGAUUGUUUUCGGAUUCGGGCGUCGCAUUUGCCCCGGUCGCAUUCUUGCUGACAUCACCGUUUAUCUCAGUGUUGCUCGGUCACUUACAGUCUUCAAUAUUACCAAAAUGGUUGAGGGGGGCAAGGAAGUUGAAGUCAAGCCGGAAUUCCAAGCUGGUGUUAUCAGUCAUCCGGUUCCCUGGAAGUUCAACAUCACAACGCGAAGCCCAGCCCAUGAAGCGUUGAUCUUGUCAGUGGAGAAGGAACACCCUUGGGAACAAAGUGACGCUCUUGAUUUGAUAAAUAUUUAA